UCUUGAAGCACGGGAAAAGACGCUAGCAUCGUGCGGUUUAAGCUAUACAAGAUUAUAGACGAUGAAGCCGAGACUACAUCAGUGGAAGGGGAGGUGCAGUACUCUCUAGCAGAACUGAAGUCCGCACAUGGCAUCGAACAAGACGAUGGUUUUUCUAUAGAUUUACUUCCAUCAAGUGUUUCGUUAUCUGUCCGAUUGAUGCCUUCCCAGAAUGAAGAAAGGAGCGAUGCAGGUGCUAGGUGCCUCACGCCUGUACGACCCAUCCAUUGACACAGGAGGUCAUACUCUAAUCGGGCUCCAGUCUGCAGAUGAUGACUCGGGAACCGGUCUUCAAAAUAUGGAUUGGGGCUCAUUGAGUGAUCGAGCAAAUAGCCUCAUGAGUAGCUACAACCAGACGCACCGAGGUGAAGACAUAGAAGAGGCCAUCCGAAUCCUUUCAGCGUGGUACAGUGGCUUGCCCUCUAGUAGUGAAGAUCGCGCUGCUUGUGCCAACAGCAUUGGUCUCGCGUUCCAUAUGCGUCUCCGGCACUCGAAUAGCAUUGACGACCUCGAGCAAGUCGUACAUUACUGGAGUAUAACUAUAGAGUCAUGGACUUCUGGAUCACCUUAUUACGUCCCUUUGGUGGUCAACUUGGGAGGCAUGCUUCGCAGGAGGUUUGAAUGGCAAGGAAAAUUCGAGGACGUCGAACAAGCCAUUAUGAUGUAUAGCGCAGCUACCUCCAGCUGUCCUCCAGAUAGCCCAUAUCGUCACAACCUCCUCAACAAUUACGCUAUCGCAGUUUUUAGUCGUUUUGGGCAGACUGGAGAUCCUCAAGACCUGGAUCUCUCGAUUCAAAUCCACCAGGAAUGUCUGUCGCUGCGACCACCUGGCCACCCAAGCCGUUUCUCGACCCUGUCAAGCCUUGCCGAUGCAAUAUGUGUUCGCUAUCAUCAUAGAGGAAACGUGGAUGAUCUCACCAGUGCAAUGGCAUACCACCACGGAGCGUUAGAACUUUGUCCAGCCGAAAGUCCAUCUUACGUAACAAUUCUCAUGAAUAUCGGACUCGCAUUGCGGUAUUCAUUCGAGCACAACGGUGACCUGCAGAACUUAAAUACAGCAAUAAAGUAUUAUAGCGUUGCGCUAGCAACUUGCCCUGAUAAUCACCCGACACGAUCUUCCCUCCUCGCCAACUACGCGGGUGAUCUCUAUACGAGAUUUACGCAGAGUGGAGACAUCAAUGACCUCAAGUAUGCAAUCGAGCUCUAUACCAACUCCUUAGCCAAUCAGUCCCCCACGCAUGCAUAUCGCUUCUCCUCCCUCCACGGUCUUGCGAUCGCUUUGAUGAGUCGCUUCAAGGUUUACGGCGUUCCCGAGGAUCUUAAUCUCGCCAUAACACACAUAACAUCUUCCAUGGCUCUGUGUGGACCCUCGCACCCAGAACAUAUAUCUGUGAUUAUGGUCUGGAUCAAUUGCCUCAUCAUACGCUACAAGACGCGUGGAGAUAUCAUUGAUCUCGAUGCUGCUGUCGAGCACUCUGAGGCAGCCAUACAUUUCUGCCCGAGAGAGAGUCCUAACUACUUUCCCUUGUUGACUCAUGUCAACAACGCCUUGUCUGCACGGUUUUCUCGGAGACAAGACGUUCGAGAUCUGGAGAGGAUAAUUGAUUACUGCGACUCAGCUCUCAGAGAUGUCCCAGAUCACCAUAUCUCCAAUCGAGUCCUUGCCAUGGAUCGUGCAGAUGCUCUGCUACAGCGAUAUUUCCAUGAAGGGGGCAUGAACGCCCUAGAGCAUGUCAUCUCAUUUUACCGAGACAUAAUGCAAGAUUUAUCUAGAGGUCAUCAAGCCUUUUCCCGUGCCCUCAUUCAACUAGCAUCUGCACUUCAAGCUCGCUUUGAGCAGAACGGGAACGCAGACGAUCUUAAUUGCGCAGUCAAUCACUAUCGCACGGCAUGCGAGGCGUGCCCUCCUGGUCAUGAUGACCACUCUGCUGCCUUCUCGGGUCUCGGAAACGCUCUCCUACUGCGAUACCAAAUAUUCGGUCCCCUGGAUGACCUCGAUGAAAGCUUAGUUCAUCUAGCUCAUGUUGUCGAAGCCCGUGCUUUGGCCACCUACCAUCCGGACUAUCCCAAAGGUCUUGCCAAUUUUGCAUACGCCAUCUUCGCCCGCUUCCAAAACCAACACGACAUCACUGAUCUGGACAUCGCAGUGAAUUAUCUACAGGCGGCUCGGGAUCAUCCCAACCAAUCAGAGGGACGGCACAUUUUGACUUACCUUGCCACUGCACUAUCUGCUCGUUACAAUGAACGAGAAGACAUCGAUGAUUUGCAAGAAAGUAUCAAGAUGUUUGAAACAGCGCUUCCCAUGUUUGCCCCCAAUAACCCCCAGGCGCUUCACCUCCGCCGAAACCUUGCUCGUUCUUUGCAGAAAAUGUAUGUAAAACGACAGACGAUCGAAGAUUUGAAUGCUGCGAUUGCCCAUUUUGAGGCAUAUGUGAUGAUCUCGCCAGAGGAUCAUCCCGAUUUGCCGCUUGCGCUGAUUUCCCUAUCAAGCUGCAGGCAUAUGCGUGCAAAUGCGGGUAAAGACGAUGACGGCUUUCGCAAUGCUCUCUCACUUCUUGCCACUGCCAGUGAGAAGCUGCCCGAAGCACACCCAUGGUUUUUCCUCGCUUACCACCUGUACACGACAAUUUAUGGAGAUUACUACAGGCUAACCGAGGACGCUUCGUUUCUGGAGAAGGCAUUCCAGUAUCACCAACUGGGUUCUAGCGCACCUGGGAUCCACACAUGGGAUCAGCUUACUGCGGCUUUGCGUUGGAAAACGGAUGCCGAUGUUUUUCAUCAUACGUCGGCUCUGGAAGCAUACAAAACUUCUAUGAAGCUACUCGAUCGUCAUAUUAUGGCUACUCCUACGGUUUCUGGGCGCUAUAAAGCUUUGCUCGGAAGUAUAUUGCGUGAUACGCCCUCACUCGCUGCAGAUGCUACUGCCUGCGCGAUCGGCGCGGGCGAUCUCGAGCUGGCAGUCGAACUCUCAGAACAAGGCAGAGGCCUUCUUUGGUCCCAGAUGUCUCGCUUUCGAGCAACCAUCAAUGAUUUGCGAGUCGUUGAUGAGGAAGGGCGUCAACUUGCGGAUGAAUUCGGGUUCCUUAGCGCUGAGCUUGAGAGGAGACAGUCUGAUUCCUCCUCAGGUAUCAGGACUGUCACUGAAACACUGAGACGAACACAGCAGGAGGAAGAGGCACGUCAAUAUCGCCAGGUCUCUUCUCAAUGGGAUGCUGUAGUGAGCAAAAUACGGCAAAAGCAAGGAUUUGCAUAUUUCUUGGCCCCAAUGCCCUACAAAGAGCUAAGGGCAGCUGCGAUUGCAGGCCCCGUCGUUGUCAUCAAUGCAAGCAUAAAGCGAUGCGAUGCGAUCAUCAUUACCAAAAUCGGGCCUCCUCGACUCAUUCCACUUCCCGAUGCCUCGCAAGUGGGCAUUACCACCAUGUCUGAUGACUUCCGCAAUGUCCUUCGGAAUACUGCAGGAGUUGGAGAAGAGAAGAUGAGAGAAACGCAACUUAUACCCGUCUUCCGCAGACUUUGGGAUGCUGUGUUGGCUCCUGUUGUUGAGGUACUUUUGACCAUCGUGCCGAAGGGCUCUCGUGUUUGGUGGUGCCCAACUUCGAAACUCACUUCGCUGCCCAUUCACGCUGCUGGACCAUACCGCAAGGGAGCAAGCAACAUGCCCAACGUUUAUGUUUCGUCAUAUACACCAACCCUCUCUGCCUUAAUACGCUCAAGGCGGCAAAAUAUAUCCAAGGUCGCGCCGAAUACUCUGUCCUUCGUUUCCAUAGGUCAAUCAAAACCGGAAUCCAGAAGUGGAGAAAGGGAGUUGGAAGCGGUAGGAGCAGAGCUUGAGCUUGUCAAAUCCCUUGUACCUCCAUCAAUGUCAUGCUCAGAGGUCUCCGGGGACGAAGGAACCGUUAGCGGGGCGAUCCAAGCCUUAAAAACUAAUUCAUGGGUCCACCUUGCCUGCCACGGCAAGCAAGAUCUUGUUCAGCCGUUUGAUUCGUCCUUUGCUCUCCGCGACAAGCCAUUGCGGCUUUCAGACAUCAUACAAGCCGAACCAGAAAAUCCGGAGUUCGCUUUCCUGUCUGCUUGUCAUACUGCGGUUGGUGACAAGAACGCACCUGAUGAAGUCAUCCAUCUCGCCGCAGGGAUGCAGUUUUCUGGUUUCAGAGGUGUCAUCGGUACAAUGUGGGCGGUGGAUGAUACCACUGCUCACCAUAUGGUGAAAGAAUUCUAUGGUGCGAUGUUUAGCGGUAAAAUCAACUGCACGAACGCAGCUAGGGCUCUAAAUAAGGCUUCCAAAGCCGUCGACAAGGAUAAAGUACCAAUGGACCAGAGAGUCGUGUUCAUUCAUAUUGGAGCAUAGUCUUUCAGCUGCGCAGUGUAUCUUAUAGAUCUGUGGAUUCCAGGGCAUAUGCAUUUGUGACGAUCGAGUAUCGAGUACUUUAUAGUAGUACGCUUAGA